AUGGAAGCGAUUCGGGACACUAGCUUAACUUUGGGAAAACUUCUAUAUUAUUUUCUAGACUCUUCAGUUUACAAGAUAAUUCCUAAGAGAAAAAAGAAUGUUGCUGGAGAGAUUGUACUUAUAACGGGAGCUGGAAAUGGACUCGGGAGGCAAAUGGCCAUAAUAUUUGCCAGCCUUGGAGCCACUGUAGUUCUGUGGGACAUUAAUGAAGAAGACAAUAUGGAAACGUGUAGACUGGCCAAAGAAAAAGGUGGCGUGCAAGUAUUUGCCUAUAAAUGUGAUUGUAGCAACAGGCAAGAGAUCUAUAGAGUUGCUGAUCAGGUUAAAAAAGAGGUUGGCGAUGUGACCAUUCUCAUUAACAACGCUGGAAUUGUUGUGGGAAAGCUGUUUCUCGACAUUCCAGAUGAGAUGGUGGAAAAAUCAUUUCUUGUAAAUGUCCUGUCUCAUUUCUGGACUUAUAAGGCCUUCCUUCCUGCCAUGAUAAAAGCUAACCAUGGUCACUUGGUCUGUAUUUCAAGUGUAGCGGGACUCAUUGGUGUUAGUGGACUAACAGAAUAUUCUUCAACCAAAUUUGCAGCUUUUGGCUUGACAGAAGCUCUCCUCUUUGAAUUAAAAAUGAUAAAUAAAAGUAAAAUUAAUACCACCAUUGUUUGCCCAUUAUUUAUGAAUACUGGAAUGUUUAAUGGUGUUACAAUCAAGUAUCUGUCGCCUCUCCUGAAGCAGGAAUAUGUGGCCCAAAAGAUUGUAAAUGCUGUCUUAGAGGAACAAAAUUACUUAAUAAUACCCAAACGUGUGUGGUUUAUAGUGAUCAUUAAACAAUUAUUAUCUGUAAGCAUGACAUUUGUCCUUGCUAAGUACUUUGGAGUGGAUACCUGCAUGGAUCUUUUCAGAGAGAGAAUGAAAGCAAAGGAAGCUGUGACUGAAACCAAGAAGAAACACCAAAACUGA